GCCGCCUAGUUGCCAAUUUGUCCCAAAAUAUUACGGCUAUAUGUGGACAGCAUGACAAGAACAGGUUACUCGUUGGCUUGCAAAAUACUAAUAUCCAUGUUUUGGAUACAGAUACUGGGAGAGAACGUGGAAUUCUCAGGGGACACACAAGCCACAUACAAAGUAUUUCCACCCAAACCCGUGGCAUUUGUGGCAUUUCCGUGGGGUCAAAUGAGGCUAUUUUAUGGAACUUACGAACGCUAGAAAAACGAUGUAAGCUACACAUCGAACCGGACACAAACGUGACAUCUGUGUUCUUCCUUCCUCCACACGAUUCCCACAUUCUCUCCUGUCUUCGUAACGGAUCUGUAUACGUCUGGGAUGCUGAUAAGCUAGAGUGUUGUUACCACAUGUCCGGCAAGGAGUAUGGCCUUUUGAAUUACCAAACAGUUACCACAACGAGCGGAGGUCUUUUCCUCUUCGCCGCUGGACGUUCUCCGUUCAUACAUCUGUGGCGUCUUGAUCAUCUUCAUGACCAGGACCUGCUUCCUUCGGCGAAAUCCGCCACUGGGCAACCUGCAAAUGCUGAGAGUGAUCGCGAGUUGAUGGAAGUGAUUAGACUUCCCAAACCGGCUUAUUCUGUUCGUCGUUUGGCUUGGCUUCCUAAUCCGUCCUCGUAUAUUUCUUCUGACAAUUGUCAGAUCCAUGUGGAUGAGGUGAGAGUGCUUUUAAUGACACCUGGUUCGCACUCCGCAAUAUCAUCGGGAAAAUUAAGUCACUGUUACUUACGUAUCGCUUGUAUGAGAGGGGAUCCUUCACUGCACAUUUUUGUUUCCCCCCCACUUAAGCUUGAUGGUAUUUUGCUUGCCCUUGGAAAUGACCAUCGUGUGCGGUUUUUGAAACGCCUCACCAAUGACGAAAGAAGUAGUGGACCCGCUGGAGACACCGGGAACACCGUAAGAUGGAAUUGUCUGUUCACAAUCGGACGGGGCUCUUUGGAUGACCCUUUGAUUAUGAAUUUAACAGUACCACAGCCUUUCAGGUCAUCUAUUGGAGCAACGCUACCCUGCACUCGGGAGCAAACUGCAGGCUCAUACGUGGCCCUACUGGAUCUCCAGGGAUAUGUGCAUCUUCAUGACCUAUCCGUUGCUCUGGAUCAGUUUUGCAAGCCACCUCCAUUUUUGAACGUUGCGAAUGAGGAAAAAUACCGUAGACGCGUGAGUUCUAUACCGGUUGUGGAAUUCAAGCCAGUAAAAUCGGCUCCCUCGAAAACCGAUAGUCUGUUGACACAGAACGGUUUUCAAUGCGCUACACGUGGCAGACAUGCAGAUGUACAUACUAACCCAUUCGCUGACCCAGCCGAAGGGCUGUUGAAUCGCGGGCGCCUUAGAUCACUACUGAGAGAAUUUGGACGCUUUCCCGUUAAGUAUAGCAAGGACUGCAAUGACGAUGAGUGUCGGUACUGUCCUCGAAUAGGUCAGUUUCUUCUCGACUUCGUGUCCAGAUUCAUUUUAUUCUUUCUCACCGUCAAAAAAUCUCACCCCCAUCAUUUAUUUAUUUUUGCCACACCGCAGAUGUAUGCAUGGCCUCUAUUCCAAACGGUACUCAGUGAAUUAUUUACACAUGAGGAAUGGUUACAACUAUGGGACACAAUUAUCUGCUAUCCUACCGGGUUUCUGAUUGCAUGCGUUGCAGCGUAUGCUAUUUGUGGACGUCGGCUCCUGCUUCCUGUCCAACACGUGGACGCAUUUGAAUGUUUUCGUAUACUGAAAGUCGUUUUUGGGGUAUUGGGUAUCCGGAUACAAACGUUCAACCAUCCUUUUAUCCGUAAACAGGCCUUCUUUCGUAGUCCAACUACCAUACCUGUCAGGACCGUGGUCGAUCUUGCACAUCAACUCCUGCAACUCUGUUCACCCACCAUCCAUCCAGAUCGCGUAUUGGUAAAUACCUUGCGCUCGGAGUCUUUCCUCAGUCAGGACUCAAGUAUUACUCCUGACGGAUUAACGUCAGUUCCCUUCAGACCCCUUACUUCUCCGUACUAUCCCAUCGUGAUCCCACCUUCCGACUUCAUCCGGAGACAUUCCCAUAAGGGAGUAAAGAAAGAAAUGGAUGAAACCCAUCGAACAAUGAGACGUUCCCGUUCUCUGGACCCAAUAGCUACCGAAGAUGCAAAGCUUCACGAACACAAGGAAACCUUUGCCGCUCUACUACGACAAGUGAAUUCACAUGAGAAACAUCUGGCUGAUGAGUUGCCUCAUUCCACAAAGUACUCCACUCCUUCAAGUCAGAGUGCGUCGACUAAGAGAAAAGUCAGUUCUUCAAGUAAUUCGUUUUAUGAAUCGGCGAAUCGUCCAAGAAAGCCGUUGAGUCAAGCUACCACGGCCGUAUCAAUUUUUGAUUCUGGUUCUGUAAGAUUGCAGCGCAACGCAAACCAUACGAAAAUCGGAUUUAAG